AUGAGCCUCAACGAUGAUCUUGCUUCUGAAGACCACGAUAGCAAAAGAUACGUACGUGAGCUCGAGGCAUUAGCCAAAUUUGCGCAGCCGAGAACGAUGGCUGGCUAUAUCUGUAUGGAGUACUGCAAGUAUCUGGACCUUAGAAAGCAUCUGAAAAGCUAUGGAGUUUUACCGGAAGAAAGUGCUAGAGCGAUUGCUCUGCAAGUACUCCAGGGAUUAGUCCAGAUGCACGGAAACAAAAUCGCCCAUCGAGACCUAAAACCUGCUUACUCCAAGCUUCAUGGCUCCAGAGACCAUUGGGCACCUUUUUUGGGUCGACCAAACGAUGCAGACCCGUUUCGAGUUGAUAUAUGGUGCUUAGGGGAGACGAUAGCAUGUGGUCUAACGGGACAGACAAGUGUCGACGCAAUCGACUUUGUUCGCUCUCUACUACAAGCGGAUCCUUUGCGGAGACCAACUGCCGCUCAAGCACUUAAUCACCCUUGGAUCAAGGGCAAUCGCGCCCUACAGUCGCAAACACGCAAAGACCUCACUGGAAGUACAACUAAUCGCACUGAAAACGCUUCCAAUCAAGAGUUUACGACUGUUGAUAGGAUUACAGAAGCUUCGGCACAAUGGACACAGACGGUGCCGAUGAGAGUAAAUGAAACAAAUACUCAACCAGGAUCGUCCAUGCGCACUGCUGCACCCCCGAUAGUUAUCCCAAAUCUUUCUGAUAGGCCAACGGUCCCUCAGCGUACAUCGGCGCGCGAAACCGCUCGUGGUGAUCUUCCAAAACAAAUGUAUCCCACAACUGAUGAUAUCCGCUUAUUUGAGCAAGCACAAAGGCCUCUCGUGUCCGGGAGAACGAAGAUUAAAAGAUCGCAAAAAUUUGAGAAUUUCAGUAAAGAAUUCCUGAUAGCUAACCCUAUCCCUGCCCACAAUGAAGAGAAGCAGAGGCAAAUUGAAGGCGCGCAAAAGUGGAUGAAACAAAAUGUAAAUCGGAUGGAUUACUCUAACAAGCAUGACAAUGGGUUUUUUGCCAACCUCACCAAAAGGAUACGAAACCUCAAGACAAAAGAAUCUCAUGCCUCAACAUCAGACUCACAGAAAAAGUCCACCGUCGCCACUCCACCUCCAACACUGCAGCCUGUAUAUGCGUCCAGUCCUACCGCUGUAUUUUUUGCGAGGGGAUCGGAGCCUAAAUUAGAAAAAAGUGACAUCUCGUUACCAUACGACCGCGAGGAAAAGCUUCUCCGUCAUGACUCUAUCUAACAUGAAAAGAGGAUUGAAGGCUCCGUGGAGAAAUGAUUGCCCAUUGCUCGUUCAAUCUAGGAAACGACACAUGACUUCUGGAGAAAGUUGUGGAAAGGAAUGGAAUUACAAAAAAAUGGUGUAAUGAUGUAUGAGAGGAUCGUCCCGAUGGAGUGACAGAUGGAGAUUCCGGAGUGGACUAGUGGGAAAAGUCAUGUACUAGAAAUGGGUAUCAGGACACUACAAAUCCGACUAUCCGUCAAAUGAGUAGCUAUUUAACAGUAUAGCAAUCAGCUCUUGAUAGCUUGAAAGAGAAGUGGAGCUUAGCUGCGAAUGUUACUGGGCUAUUGAAUGUCCUAUGUAGGCUACAUCGCAAUGAGACGUGAGGAGUUUGUAAACGAGGGGCUAUAUGGAGGUUGAUGCAAGUACGGU